CCCUUCCGACGGCCUUCGCCGCGCAGGCCGGGACGCCUCUCCCCCCUCCGCCCCCGCCACGGAAAGUUAAGUUUGAAGAGGGGGGACGAGGGAACAUGGACAUGAAGAAAAGGAUCCACCUGGAGCUGAGGAACCAGACCCCGGCCGCCGUUCGAGAACUUGUCUUGGACAAUUGCAAAUCAAAUGAUGGAAAAAUUGAAGGCUUAACAGCUGAAUUUGUGAACUUAGAGUUCCUCAGUUUAAUAAAUGUAAACUUGAUUGCAGUUUCAAAUCUCCCCAAGCUACCUAAAUUGAAAAAGCUUGAGCUCAGUGAAAAUAGGAUCAUGGGAGGUCUGGACAUGUUAGCAGAAAAACUUCCAAAUCUCACACAUCUAAACUUAAGUGGAAAUAAACUGAAAGAUAUCUGCACAUUGGAACCUUUGAAAAAGUUAGACUGUCUGAAAAGCCUGGAUCUGUUCAACUGUGAGGUCACUAACCUGAAUGACUACCAAGAGAGUGUCUUCAAGCUCUUGCCCCAGCUGACCUACCUGGAUGGCUAUGACAGAGAUGACCAGGAGGCCCCAGACUCAGAUGCAGAAGUAGAUGGUGUGGAUGAAGAGGAGGACGAUGAAGAAGGAGAAGAUGAGGAGGAUGAAGAGGAUGAAGACGGUGAGGAGGAAGACUUUGAUGAAGAAGAGGAUGAAGAUGAAGACGAAGAUAUAGAAGGGGAAGAAGAUGAAGAUGAAGUCAGUGGUGAGGAAAAAGAAUUUGGACAUGAUGGAGAAGUCGAUGAAGAUGAAGAAGAUGAGGAUGAAGAUGAGGAUGAAGAUGAGGAAGAAAGUGGGAAAGGUGAAAAGAGGAAGAGAGAGACAGAUGAUGAAGGAGAAGAUGAUUAAGACCCUGAUAAAUCUGCAAAACCAGAACUGUUCAGUAUUGGUUGGACUGCUCAUGGAUUUGGUAGCUGUU